CCGGCCCCCCGUCCGGCGGCCCCGGCCUCGGCUCCCGCGGGGGACACCAUGUACUGGCUGGCGGCGCAAGGAGGCCGGCGCCCGGCGGGGAUGUUGGGUUAACGGCAUGGAGAACAGUCACCCCCCCCACCACCACCACCAGCAGCCCCCGCCGCAGCCCGGCCCUUCGGGCGAGAGGAGGAACCACCACUGGAGAAGUUACAAGUUGAUGAUUGACCCGGCUCUGAAAAAGGGGCAUCAUAAACUGUACCGCUACGAUGGGCAGCAUUUCAGCCUGGCGAUGUCCAGCAACCGCCCGGUGGAAAUUGUCGAGGAUCCCCGGGUGGUCGGGAUCUGGACCAAAAACAAGGAGCUGGAGCUGUCUGUGCCCAAAUUCAAGAUCGAUGAGUUCUACGUGGGCCCGGUGCCUCCGAAGCAGGUGACAUUUGCCAAGCUGAAUGAUAACAUCCGCGAAAACUUCCUGAGGGACAUGUGCAAGAAGUAUGGGGAGGUGGAGGAGGUGGAGAUUUUGUACAACCCCAAGACCAAGAAGCACUUGGGCAUCGCCAAGGUGGUCUUUGCCACGGUCAGGGGCGCCAGGGAGGCAGUUCAGCACUUGCAUAGCACUUCUGUCAUGGGUAAUAUCAUCCACGUGGAGCUGGACACCAAGGGGGAAACCCGCAUGCGGUUCUAUGAACUGCUGGUCACAGGCCGCUACACACCCCAGACCCUCCCGGUGGGUGAGCUGGGCGCCGUCUCUCCACUGGUGAACGAGACGCUGCAGCUGUCUGAUGCCCUGAAACGUCUCAAGGAUGGCAGCCUGUCUGCGGGCUGUGGCUCCGGAUCAUCCUCUGUCACCCCUAAUAGUGGAGGGACACCCUUCUCCCAGGACACGGCUUAUUCUAGCUGCCGCCUGGACACGCCCAACUCCUAUGGACAGGGCACACCGCUAACACCCCGCCUGGGCACCCCCUUCUCGCAGGACUCCAGCUACUCCAGCCGCCAACCCACACCCUCCUACCUCUUUAGCCAGGACCCUGCAGCAACAUUCAAGGCUCGACGCCAUGAGAGCAAGUUCACGGAUGCCUACAACCGCCGCCACGAGCAUCACUAUGUCCACAAUUCUUCCGCAGUCACUGCGGUGGCAGGGGCCACGGCCGCCUUCCGGGGCUCCUCGGACCUCCCGUUUGGGGCAGUUGGCAGCAGUGGGAGCAGCAGCGGCCCACCCUACAAGGCCCAGCCACAGGACUCAGCCACGUUUGCCCACACUCCACCGCCUGCCCAAGCAGCCCCUGCUCCCACUCCCGGAGUCACCUUCAAGUCGGCUUUCUCUCCAUAUCAGACCCCAGCACACCCCUUUCUGCCACCCCCCGAGGAGCCCACUGCCGCGGCCACCUUUGGGGCACGCGACGGUGGGGAGUUCCGGAGGGCACCUGCACCCCCACCCCUGCCACCUGCCGAGCCUGUGGCCAAGGAGAAGCCCGGUACGCCGCCUGGCCCCCCACCACCAGACACCAACAGUAUGGAGCUGGGUGGCCGUCCAACCUUUGGCUGGAGCCCCGAACCGUGCAUUAGCCCAGGCACACCCACGUUGGAGUCGUCACCCGCGGGGCCUGAAAAGCCCCACGACAGUCUGGACUCGCGCAUUGAGAUGUUGCUAAAGGAGCAGCGCACCAAAUUGCCCUUCUUGCGGGAGCAGGACUCGGACACCGAGCUGCAGAUGGAGGGCAGCCCCAUCUCCUCCUCCUCCUCCCAGCUCUCCCCUCUGGCUUCCUUCGGCACGAACUCCCAGCCUGGCUUUCGAGGCCCCACACCACCCUCCUCACGCCCCUCCAGCACUGGCUUGGAGGACAUCAGCCCUACGCCACUGCCCGACUCGGAUGAGGAUGAUGAGCUGGGCAUGGGCCUGGGCCUGGGGCUUCGACCCCCACCUGAGCCUGGCCCCCCAGACCCUACCAGUCUUCUGGGCCAGACGGGCGACAUGGCCUUGGAGCUGGCUGGAGACAGGACCCCAACCUCAGAGAAGAUGGACGAGGGCCAGCAAUCCUCAGGCGAGGACAUGGAGAUCUCGGACGAUGAGAUGCCCUUGGCCCCCAUCACCAGUGCUGACUGCCCCAAGCCCAUGGUGGUGACUCCGGGGGCGGCGGCUGUGGCGGCCCCCUCCGUGCUGGCCCCAACCCUGCCGCUGCCCCCGCCACCUGGCUUCCCACCGCUGCCCCCACCCCCACCACCACCCCCACCGCAGCCCGGCUUCCCCAUGCCACCACCUCUUCCACCACCACCACCCCCGCCACCCCCAGCCCACCCGGCUGUGACAGUGCCCCCGCCACCCCUGCCGGCACCGCCACCACCUGGCGUGCCACCCCCGCCCAUCCUGCCACCGCUGCCCCCCUUCCCGCCAGGGCUGUUCCCCGUGAUGCAGGUGGACAUGAGCCAUGUGCUGGGUGGCCAGUGGGGCGGCAUGCCCAUGUCCUUCCAGAUGCAGACUCAGAUGCUCAGCCGUCUGAUGACGGGCCAGGGUGCCUGCCCCUACCCGCCCUUUAUGGCCGCUGCGGCUGCCGCCGCCUCGGCUGGACUGCAGUUCGUCAACCUGCCCCCCUACCGGGGCCCCUUCUCCCUGAGCAAUGCUGGUCCAGGCCGCGGGCAGCCCUGGCCCCCCCUGCCCAAGUUUGAUCCAUCAGUGCCUCCACCGGGCUACGUGCCCCGGCAGGAGGACCCGCACAAGGCCACGGUGGACGGCGUCCUGCUGGUGGUGCUCAAAGAGCUCAAGGCCACCAUGAAGCGUGACCUCAACCGCAAGAUGGUGGAGGUGGUGGCUUUCCGGGCCUUUGACGAGUGGUGGGACAAGAAGGAGCGUAUGGCCAAGGCCUCGCUGACCCCUGUGAAGUCGGGCGAGCACAAGGACGAGGACCGGCCAAAGCCCAAGGACCGUAUUGCCUCAUGCCUGCUGGAGUCGUGGGGCAAGGGUGAGGGCCUGGGCUAUGAGGGCCUGGGCCUGGGCAUCGGGCUGCGCGGGGCCAUUCGCCUGCCCUCCUUCAAGGUCAAGAGGAAGGAGCCGCCGGACACAGCCUCGUCUGGUGACCAGAAGCGGCUGCGGCCCUCGACCUCUGUGGAUGAGGAGGACGAAGAGUUGGAGCGGGACCGGGACAUGGCAGACGCCCCCUGCGAGCUUGCCAAGCGGGACCCCAAGGGCGUGGGUGUGCGGCGGCGACCAGCGCGGCCCCUGGAGCUGGACAGUGGCGGGGAAGAAGACGAGAAGGAGUCACUGUCUGCGUCCUCGUCAUCCUCUGCAUCCUCGUCCUCGGGAUCCUCCACGACCUCACCCUCUUCCUCGGCCUCAGACAAAGAGGAGGAGGAGCAGGAGAGCACAGAGGAGGAGGAAGAGGAGGAGGAAGGUGCAGAGGAGGAGGAGGAGGAGGACCGCAGAAGCCAGAUCUCCUCCUCGACCUCGUCCACGUCAGAUAAGGAUGAUGACGAUGAAGAUGAAGACAGUGAUGACCGGGAAGAGUCUGAGAACGAUGACGACAUGGCCCGGUCGCAGCCGAGUGAGAAGGAAGAGCCAGACUCAGAUGGAGAGGAGACAGCGAGCAUCGCUACCUCCAAGGUGGACGAAGAGUCAUCCAGUGAAAGUUCUGAGUCUUCUGGAUUUGAGUCGAGCUCCGAGUCCUCGUCCGAGUCCUCAGAGGAUGAAGAGGAGGUGGCAGUGGGGGAGGAGGAGGAAGAAGAGGAGGAGGAGGAGGUGGCAGAGGACAGCAUGGCUCCUCCUGCCCAUGAGGACUUGGAGGAGGACAUGGAAGAAGCGUCGAUGGCCAUGGGGACGCCUGCAGUGGAGUCCCUGGGCCCAGAAGAGGAGGUGGACAUUGAGGUGGGGGACGAAGCCCCUGAGGAGCAGGCCUCCACGUUGGAGGAGCCCCCACUGCCUGCGAGCGUCGAGGAGCUGGCAGGCUGUAAGGAGCCCCUCGAGGAGCUGGGCCUGAACCACGAAGGGGCCAUGUUGCUGACUCCAGAGCCAGUCACCGUGGACAUGGAGGUCCAGCCCUUGUCAUCCCCUGAGCACACCCCAGAGGAUGACCUGGAGGCGAAGCCUGAGCCCCCGACAAUGCUGUCCCUGCCCCCACAGCCACCAUUGCCACCCCCUCGGCUGCCCCGACCACCCAGCCCGCCACCAGAGCCCAGGGCCCCAGAACCUCAACACCCACCUGUCCCUCUGGAGCCUCCCCCCGAGGAGCAGCCCCCGCGCACACCAAGCCUAUGUGGCAGCCUGGCCAAGUCGCAGAGCACAGAGACGGUGCCGGCCACGCCCGGCAGGGAGCCCCCGCUCUCGGGGGGCAGCAGCAGCCUGUCUCUGAGCUCCCCUCAGGUGCCUGGCAGCCCCUUCUCCUACCCAACCCCAUCCCCUGGCCUGAGCAGUGGGAGCCUCCCGCGGACGCCUGGCCGGGACUUCAGCUUCACGCCCACCUUCCCCGAGCCUGGUGGACCCCUGCUCCUGCCCGUCUGUCCCCUCCCAGCUGGCCGGCGUGAUGAGCGGCCUGGGCCCCUGGCCUCCCCGGUGCUCCUGGAGGCGGGCCUGCCGCUCCCCCUGCCCCUGCCCUUGCCCCUGCCCUUGGCAUUGCCCGUACCUGUCCUGCGGGCCCAGACGCGGGCCCCUGCCCAGCUGCCACCCUUGUUGCCUGCUCCACUGGCCCCCUGCCCGCCCCCUAUCAAGAGGAAGCCGGGCCGGCCCCGGCGGUCCCCGCCAGCAGUGCUUUCCUUGGAUGGGCCCUUGGUCCGGCCGCCAGGGGCUCCCCUGGGAAGGGACCUUCUGCUCCUGCCAGGCCAGCCACAGGCUCCAGUCUUCCCCAGCACCCAUGACCCCCGGGCCGUGACCCUGGACUUCCGGAACGCGGGGAUCCCAGCACCCCCACCGCCCCUGCCCCCCCAGCCCCCACCGCCCCCACCUCCACCACCCAUUGAGCCCACCAAGCUGCCCUUUAAGGAGCUCGAGAACCAGUGGCCCUCUGAGGCCAUCCCACCAGGCUCCCGUGGACGUGACGAGGCCACUGAGGAGGACAUGGAGCUAGCCAAGGUGCGGGGGCCAUGGCGCAGGCCGCCCAAGAAGCGCCACGAGGACCUAGUGGUGGGUGCGGCCUCGCCCGAGCUCUCGCCACCGCAGCCCCUCUUCCGGCCCCGCUCGGAGUUCGAGGAGAUGACCAUCCUGUAUGACAUAUGGAACGGCGGAAUUGACGAGGAGGACGUCCGUUUCCUGUGUGUCACCUACGAGCGACUGCUGCAGCAGGACAAUGGCAUGGACUGGCUCAACGACACGCUCUGGGUUUACCAUCCCUCCACCAGCCUCUCUUCAGCCAAGAGGAAGAAGCGGGACGAUGGGCUGCGGGAGCACGUGACGGGCUGUGCCCGCAGCGAAGGCUUCUACACCAUCGACAAGAAAGACAAGCUCAGAUACCUCAAUAGUAGCCGGGCCAGCACUGAUGAGCCCCCCACUGACACCCAGGGCAUGAGCAUCCCGGCGCAGCCUCACGCCUCCACGCGGGCGGGCUCAGAGCGGCGUUCGGAGCAGCGCCGCCUCCUGUCCUCCUUCACUGGCAGCUGUGACAGCGACCUACUCAAGUUCAACCAGCUGAAGUUCCGAAAGAAGAAGCUCAAAUUCUGCAAGAGCCACAUCCAUGACUGGGGCCUCUUCGCCAUGGAGCCCAUCGCAGCCGACGAGAUGGUCAUUGAGUACGUGGGCCAGAACAUCCGCCAGGUGAUUGCGGACAUGCGGGAGAAGCGCUACGAGGACGAGGGCAUUGGUAGCAGCUACAUGUUUCGGGUGGACCAUGACACCAUCAUUGACGCCACCAAGUGUGGCAACUUCGCCCGCUUCAUUAACCACAGCUGCAACCCCAACUGCUACGCCAAGGUGAUCACGGUGGAGUCACAGAAGAAGAUCGUUAUCUAUUCCAAGCAGCACAUCAAUGUCAACGAGGAGAUCACCUAUGACUACAAGUUCCCCAUUGAGGACGUCAAGAUCCCCUGCCUCUGCGGCUCCGAGAACUGCCGGGGGACCCUCAACUAGGCCCCGGCCGGUGCCAAAAGUGAAGGAUGUCAGCUGCCCCAGGACCCCUUGUGGGACUCCCGGGCCUGGCCCACCACCCACCCCAUUUCAGGUGCUGUCCCUCCCCCAGCGGCCGUGCCAGGGCCCGCACCCCCAACACUACCCCAGGACCCCUGCAGCUCCUGCCCCCGCAGCGGGAAAGGGCUUCUCUGUCUUUCCCUCCAUCUGUGUCGCUUUCGUUUUUAGAAACCUCGCAGGGUCUGUGUUUGAUUCCCACGUAGUAAUCUUGUCCGUCUGUGUCUCUCUCUUCUCCACCUUUCUCUCUGUCUCUUCUCUUCCCUGUCUUUACCCUCAGCCUCUUCCCGUGAAUGCUGCUAUGUUGUCUUGUCUUCUCUUUAUUUUCUUCCUCAUUGUAAGAAAAGACUUUAACCAUUGAAAUGUGAAGGCAGAAUCAGAGAGGGGGACCCCCGGCGGGCAGCAGGGCCAGGUGCUGACAGGGGAGAGUAGGGGUCGAGGAGUCGGGAGGCAGCUUCGACCUCAGAACACUACGUGCCUGAAAGGCCCCACUCGGCCCCAGAAUCAGUGAGGAGAAGACCCCACACCUUCCCCUGACCCCCUCCACGGUCUGUUCCUUCCCCAGCAGCCUGGGGGCGCCACUUCCCUGAGCAGACCCUGAGUGGCCAAGCUGGUUCCAGACAGGAAUUGCCUUUCAGGGCUGUCCUUGCCACCCCCCCACACCACCACCCCCCAAACCUUGGGUUCAAUGUUUACUUUCUCAUUCGAAUGCCAGCAAUGACAGAGCCCCCCAGAGGCCCUGGCAGGGGUCGGGAGGCACUAGGUCUCUGCUCCCUCCUGCCCUUACCUUCACCUGGGUCUGAGGAGGGCUCCCAGGGCAGGUGGGUCCCCCAGCCCCGCCAUUACGGGUUGUCUGACUGCCCAUAUGUGGUUUUUUUUUUUUUUUUCCAUUUUAUAAGCUUCAUUCACUUGCCCCCCGCCGACCCAGCUUCACCCCACCAGCAGUCCCUCAACCCCGAGAAGGCCAGCGGAUAUUUAUUUUCAGAGUACGCAGGUUUUUUCUCCUAGAAAAAGAAAAAUCUGGAAGAGACUUUAAAACUCAAAUCUCUUGGUUUUCUUUUCUUUUUGUAAAUCCUUUUUAAUGUCCCACCCCCUCCCCAUCCUCUUCAGAAUUUUUUUUUUUUUUCGUGCGUGUACAAAAUCAAAACGAAGGGAAAAAAAAAUAGGUUUUUGAAGUUCAGAACCAACUUCUGUAUACAGGCUGCCACAAAGGACUCUUUCUCGGGAACAUUGUUUCUUGUGGAAACAUGUGGGAAAACUUUUUUGCUCCUUUCUUUGUAUGUACUUCCAAGACACACGCACACACGCACACACACACACACACACACACAGGCAAGUUCCCCACACCCCAGAAAGCAGAGCAGGCGUGUAAAUAAUUUAUGGAAAGGGACUGUUGUGACCAGGAGUCGUCCUCACCCAGAUGAGAGAGCUCCAUGCGCGGGAGCCGCGGCAGCGGAUGUAGGCGGCAGGAGCCUCGGUAUCUCGGCUUGUGUCAAGCUUGUUAUCAUGUAAAUUCUGUACAAAGAAUUGUUAUUUUUCUCUUUUUUGUCGUUGGUGUGUUUUUGUUUUUGUUUUUUAAUUUCUUCACCCCACGGGCCUCUGUGUUGGAGACUGUGUCCGCCGGUUUCGGGAAAGACGAAAUCCGUGGCAUUAAGACAGAGCGGGCACCUGGGUGCAGCGGCGACCUUCUCUUCCGUGUGCAGUUUUCUGCCUUAUUGUGCAACAGAGGAAAUAUUUAUUUUUCACAUGAGGAAAUGUGUAGUUUGCGGAGACGGCGGAUUUAAGUUAUUUGUGCGGCCCCCAAGGGGCUGUCUCAUUCUAUCACCUCCACCACUACCACCCCUCAGAAAAGAAAGAAGGGGAGGGAAGGAUGUGAGGAAACCAGGGGCCUCACCUUGCCCAACUUAGGAUCUUGGUUAACCUUUGCCGGACUUUCCUAAGGGCCAGCAAGAGUCUGGGCCCGCCUUCUCCCCUCAAGUCCCCCUCCACCCCCUGAAAUUGUUUGCAAUAAUUCAGAAAUGUGUUGCCUCAUUUUUCUUUCAAUCCCUUUGUUUUCAUUGAACAAAUCUUUUGAAGAGUUGGGGUUUCUGCUUUUUUUUUUUUUCUCCCCUUGUGCCUCCCCGCCCCCCCCCAGCAAAGAAGAGAAAUGAUAAGUUUUAGGGAUGUUUGUGCAUAUAGACUCUGUCAUCCAUAUGUAACUUGUUUUGAAGAGAAGUGUUUCCGUUGUGGGUGUGUCUUGCUGUAAAUAUUUGUUCAUAUUUUUGUGAAUUCAAUACUAUGUACCAUUGUAUUAUAGUAACUUUUAUAAAGCAAACCAUAAAUAUACUGACUUUUCUUACAGACACGCCGUCUCUCUUGCUCUCCUCUUUCUCCCUCUUUCUCUCUGCUGGGAGCACACCAUUUUGCCGGAAGGGACGGGUGGCAAGGCUCAGAGAGGGUGAAGGUGUAUGGUGUAUCCACUCAGACCAGCAGCUCUUCAAUUCUGCACCUGCAGGCUCCUUCUGAACUGGACCAAGUUAUGGCCAGACUAGGCCUUCCACAGCCUAUGAAUUCUCCUUUUAGAAUUUUUCUUAAAACCAUAGUUGUCUAAUGCUGCUCAUGGUCUGCAACUGAGGAAACAAGAUCAAGUGCCCUAUUGCCAUAUGCAGAACUUGGAAAGGUGAUUUCUCACAAAUGUGUAACAUCUACGGAGACAUCCUCUGGUCUGUUUGGGGUGAGAGGGGCUGCUGAAAUAGUUGCAAGCUGAGAAGAAUUCAGUGUAUCCAGUGUUUGUGACAUCUAGAGGUGGUGGACCCUGGCAGGUCUCAACUCUGCCUGACGAGGCUGAGGGGUGACUGAGGGGUCCAGAGUGUCCACUCUAUCCCCAAGAAGGACAGACUUAAAAAACCUUAGCAAGAAGCCAGACAAUGGAAAAGAUGCUAUAUCUCAUUUCUUAGUGAAGAAGCGCAAGUUAUACCACGAUGCUGUUUCCCCAGUCAAGUUGGCUAAGUGUAGUUGGCCCCCAAUUCUCCUGCCCUCCCCAACCUCCCCACCCACUGAGUCUGAUGGUUCUCCUUCCUCAGAUCCAUCCACCUCUCCCUCUGCUCCUUCCUCAGUCCCACGGGAAAUGCCGUUUCUUCAUUAGUUCUGCUGUGGGGGCCAAGAGGGAGCCAUAAGUCAAGGCCUGCAUACACAGAAUAGACUGGAUUGGGGUGGGGCUGCUGGGCCCCAAACAGACUAGGGCAAGAGCCCCUACCCAAACCCCUCCAAAAAGAAUAGGAGGAAACAGGUACGUGAACUCUGUGCCAGCCAUUAUUUUAAAGGUCUUUGAUACUAACUUACAGCAGCUCUGGGAGGUGGGUAUUACCCCCAUUUUACAGAUGAGGAAGCUGAGGCACUGAGGUCAAAUGGAUUGCCUGAGGUCACACAGCUAGCAAGCGGCUGACCUGGUUGUGAACCCAGGCAGUAUGGCUCCAUAGUCUGUGCUCAGCUAAUGUGGGUUGUUCUGACUGUGGCCACCUAAACAGAUACCCGGUCCUCAGCACCAGCUAAUGCUGUACAGAAAGGACAGGUCCAGAGUUACCAGGUCUUUCCCAGAAAAACUGGAAUCAUAGUUUAUAUGUGAAAUAAGCCUGCCCUUGCUCCUCUGAGCGCUCUUUGUUGUUCUUUUCAUAUCUGAAAUUGCAUGGUCCCAGAAGCCCUGACUCCUAUAACCUGAAAAAAUUCCCUAUUCUCCCAUGAUACCAACUCAGAUUUUUGUUCUUACACUGAUGUCCACUUGUUCCUAGUUCUGAGUUGACUCAUCCUCAAGGAGGGGAUAUCAAGCAUGAGAAACAGGAAAAAUAGACCCAAUUUGCCCCCGCUUCUCUUCCCUGGUUUUUAAGGACAAAUUUUCUUCCAAUGGUUUUAGGACCAGUGACUCCUCUCCCACUGGCUCAUUCUUUUGCAAGAGUCAUGCACACUUGAGUAUGAAUUAGUGCUUCAGGAAUGCUCACUGCAAGCAAGGUUGGUGGGACCAGAGCUACAUCCGGGGAGGGCGUUAAUGACUGACUCGCCAAGGGUGGAGGGCAGACACUGAGGGGCUCAGAUCCCUCCUACCCGUUUUGUCUCUCAGACUAGGAACCCUGCCCCCCAAGCCCCUUGGCUAACACUCUUGCCUCUCAUUUGUCCAGAGGUUUGUGUUCUGGGUAGCAAGCUGGAGACAGCUCAUCUUUAGAGAUCGUAUAGCCAUUAGUCAGGAUGCUGCCAAGCUCCUUCACACCUCAGAGUCUUUUCACUUGCUGUUCCUCUUCCUUCAUUGCUAUCUCCCCAAAUUUCCCCAAGGCUGGCUCCCAAAUGUCACCUCCUCAGAGGAGCCUUCCCUCAGUUGAAAGUGACCCCAUUGCCACUCUGGUCAUGUCAUGGAUUGAAUUGUGUUCACCAAAAAUAUUUGUCAGCUUGGCUAGGUCGUGAUUCCCAGUAUUGUAUGAUUGUCUACCAUUUCGUCAUCUGAUGUGAUUUCCCUAUGUGUCAUAAAUCCUAUCACUAUGAAGUUAAUGAGAUGGAUUAGCGGCACUUAUAUUGAUGCGAUCUACAAGAUUAGAUAGUGUCCUAAGCCAACCUCUUUUGAGAUAUGAAAGAGAAAAGCGAGUUGAGAGAUGUGGGGACCUCGAACCACCAAGAAAGCAGCACCAGGAGUGCAGCGUGUCUUUUGGAUCCAAGGUUCCUACGGAGAGAGGUCCUAGACCAAGGGAAGACUGAUGACAGGAACCUUCCUCCAGAGCCGAUGGAGUGAGAAGCCCUUCCCCUGGAGCUGAUGCCCUGAAUUGGACUUGUACCAUAAUAGACUGUGAAGAGAAUUAAUUUCUGUUUGUCAAAGACAUCCACUUGUGGCAUUUCUGUUAUAGCAGCACUAGAUGACCAAGACAGGCUGCAUAAUCAUUACAUCACCCUACUUUAUU